UUCAGGGAAGCAGACGCGGCGGAGGAGCCCAGUGUGGUCCCUUAACGACAGAUUCAUGCGGCCCGUUGCAUCCACACCGGAGACGGUUAACCGAUCAUAGAGAACGGGCGCGCGGCGUGACCUUGCGUUAAAUGUCCUUCUAGACGGAUUUUUAUUUUUUUUGUCAAAGCACCGACACGGUCAUCGUCCACAGACAUGGAGAUCGUCACCCAUUUAAUUAAUGACACCAUCGAGUUCUACAAAUGGACCCUAACUAUUGCAGACAAGCGAGUGCAGAAAUGGCCUCUGAUGGACAACCCCCUGCCCACGCUGGCCAUCAGCACCUCCUACCUGCUGUUCCUCUGGCUGGGGCCCAAAUACAUGAAGAACAGAGAGCCCUUCCAGCUCCGCAAAACCCUCAUCGUCUACAACUUCAGCAUGGUCUUCCUCAACUUCUUCAUCUUCAAAGAGCUGUUUAUGGCAGCGCGGUCAGCGAGCUACAGCUACAUCUGCCAACCGGUGGACUAUUCAGAGGACCCCAAUGAAGUCAGGGUGGCCGGAGCUCUGUGGUGGUAUUUCGUCUCUAAGGGCGUCGAGUAUCUGGACACGGUGUUUUUCAUCCUGAGGAAGAAAUUCAACCAGGUUACCUUCUUGCACGUCUACCACCACUGCUCCAUGUUCACUCUCUGGUGGAUCGGCAUCAAAUGGGUGGCAGGAGGACAGUCGUUCUUCGGGGCCCACAUGAACGCAGCCAUCCACGUCUUGAUGUAUCUGUACUACGGCCUGGCCUCCUGCGGCCCUAAGAUCCAGAAGUACCUGUGGUGGAAGAAGUACCUGACCAUCGUCCAGAUGAUCCAGUUCCACGUCACCAUCGGCCACACGGCCCUGUCCCUCUACGUCGACUGCGACUUCCCCCACUGGAUGCACUACUCCCUCAUCUGCUACGCCGUCACCUUCAUCGUCCUCUUCGGCAACUUCUACUACCAGACCUACCGCCGGCAGCAGCCCCGACGCGACGCCUCCUCCUCCUCCUCCAAAGGGGGCAAGGCGCUCUCCAACGGGACCCUCAACGGGCUCGGCAAGGCCGCCAACGGAGCGACGGCGGCGGCGAGCAAAGAGGAGAAGCCCCAGGAGAACUCCGGGAGGAGGAAGAGGAAAGGAAGAGCGAAACGAGAUUAGAGGAGGAGGAGGAGCGAGAGAGGAGGUGAGGUAUAGGGCCUUGCUUUGGGUUCUGGGUUGAUAGUGCUAUAAAACAUUGAAAGACUUAAUUUGAUCAAGAUUUAGAUGGAUGGAUGUGUGUUUAUUUAAGCCAUGAUCUGAGUUGUAGAUAAAUAUACGAGACAGGCUUGUGUCGAGAGGCGUUAAAAGGUCACGCCCAAGGGUGUCACACAUAACCUACAAUACAGCAGCGUAUGGCUUCGGGAUAGAUCUUAAUAUUCCUUCUCUUUAGAUCCGGUUCAGAAAAAAAGUGACUUUUAGCUACUUAAAUCUGAGCCUGGAAAGGAAACAAAGGACCAUUCGGCGCGCUGGGAAAGCAACGUGAAAACGCUCCAUCGUAUUCAAGUUGUUAUGGACGUGUGACGUGAGAGAGACUUUAAGUUUACAGUUUAAUUUAUUUCAAGUUGUGGACUCACUUUUGAGGUCUCGCCCAUUACCGCACAGUUACAUUCAAAAUAAGGAAAAACAAAUCAAUAUCCAGAGGGGGAGAUGUACAUAGAAAUAGAAAUGAUUGAUUUCUAAUCCUUUGAGACUCGGGUGGGAUUGUUCCAGCACUGGUUUAUGAUGGAAUAAUCAUCAGCUGUAUUAAAACCUUGAUUUUCUAUUUCUAUAUAGAACCAUGGAGUGGGUUUUAUGCAUCCCUACUUGUAUGUAAUGCUUCUGGAUGUGAUAAUUAUAUCGCCGUUCCCCAUUUUUGACAGAAAAGCUGAGUUUUUGUCAUUUUUUAACAAUUAAUAUCUGACGUUGUUGUUUGUCUGCUGGUGAAAAUGUUGUGUGCCGAACAAAGAAGUGGCGUUGAGCUCCCGGCCCCGUGUGUAUCAAGUCAACUGAGCCUCCCUUGAGUACAUUUCUUCCCAUAUUCAAUCAAACAUCUUUCUGUGUCUAUGUUUUCAGGCGUAAUCUCUGUCCUGAUCUGGCUUGAAUGUAAAGUUAUCGGAGGAAAACUUGGUUUUAAAAGUAUAAAAAUGAGGAUUUAUACACAAAAAGGACGCUGGUGAACCUCUAUAGUGGCUUUGUAUGUCAUACCACUAUGAAGAAUAACUUUGCCCUGCCUCUAUAUUGAGUAUAAAUCAGCGGUCGGCUUCAUGUCAUCCAUUUAUCAAUGCAUUUUGAUGUUAUUUAUAUAUCUUUUUCUAUUUAUGUUUGUGUAAAUACCAAUUUUACAUGUUACUGAGAGUGCUCGUCUGUGUAUUUGUGUUCUUUUUGUGUUGUAUAUAUUACAUUGUGAUAUUUUGUACACUGCACAUUUGGGAAUGUUCCCAGCUUGUUAGCUGGGGACAUAUUAUACGUUCCACACUGCUUCUGUGUUUUCUUUAGCAUUUUCUUUUUUAAGUAUCAUAACUUUGAACUCUCUUGAAAAUUCAAUUAAACUGAAUGCCUGUACACA